UAAAUCUGUUGUUUUAUUGUUGAUCUCUUUUUGCUUGUUCUCUCCUCCUUCAAAGCCAAAGAACUCUCCUGAUAUCUCUCUUCCCUUUUUCUCUCACAAACUCUAAAACAUCAAAGAGCGCUUAAAAGCAAAAGAAUCAAUGGCAGUCGAAGCUCGUAAUAUGAAUCUUUUCCCUCCUCAGUUAAUCCCUAAUGGAGAUUUUAUGAAAGGUUAUCAAGGGAGUGGAAAUAUACACAAUACCCAGAUGCAGCAAGAAGUUUCACAGAUUUUUCCUGCAGUUUAUCAGUCGCUUGUACGUGAUCCGAUUUCAGCCAAAGCUGAUAGUGGGGUUACUUAUAAUAUGAAUAUCCCAGUCUCGGCCCCAAGGAAAAGGCCUAGGGAUUCAUAUUCAUACACAGUUGCUCGAAAGAACGAAUUUUGUGGGGUUUCUUCUGUUCUUGACGAUGAUAUCUUUUCCCAGAUCCAACAACAACAACAACAAGAAAUCGACCGUUUCAUUGCUCAACAUACAGAAAAAGUGAGGUUGGAGGUUGAAGAAAGGAGGAAGAGGCAAUCGAGGAUGUUGAUUACAGCGAUCCAAGAAGGGGUUAUGAAGAAACUGAAGGAAAAAGAUGAAGAGAUACAAAGAAUGGGGAAACUGAACUGGGUUCUUCAAGAAAGAGUGAAAAGCCUGUAUUUAGAGAACCAACUGUGGAGGGACUUGGCGCAAACGAACGAAGCCACCGCCAAUUCCUUACGCACCAAUCUAGAACAAGUCCUUGCCCACGUCGGCGAGGAACGUCACGCCAGCGGCGGAGGAGCGGCCGCGUUGGCCGACGACGCGGAAUCUAGCUGUGGAAGCAGCGAUGAAGGGUGGCGCAAGGUGCUGGUGCCGCCUACUCAGCCACAGGAUACGACGGCAGCGGUGGUUGGGAACGGUAAUAAUAAUGGAAGGAAGUGUAGCAAGUGUGGGGAGAAAGAGUCAAGUGUGCUGUUGCUGCCAUGCAGGCAUCUCUGUCUCUGUACAAUGUGUGGGUCCACUCUGGUAGGCACUUGCCCUGUUUGUGACUCUGUCACCAAUGCCAGUGUUCAUGUUAACAUGUCUUGAAACAAUUUUUUUUUCUUUUUUCGAUAUUUUAGUGAAAACAAAACAGCCAAAAAGAAAAAGGAAAAGCAAAUGCAAAUAUGUUUUUAAGAAAUGGAUCAUAGAAAAUUUCUUUAUUUUUUCCAAA